AUGACGUCCUCAGCCGAUGUCAUCGUUCUGACCUCGUCGCCGACUGUCCCACCGAGGCUUCCCAGUCCUGUUGCCUACGAGACCGAAGCGACAUAUGUACCACAGCCGGCAGUCGCAACAACUCCCCGUGUCCCAUCUCCGUCGUCGCUUUUUGUGCCGCCCUCACGAUCGCGAUUCUUCGACGCGCCGGCUCGAAAACAAGACACAACGAACAAAAAACGUCCUGCGAAGAAGGCUACUGCGCCGAAAAAAUCCAAGAAGGCUGCAGGUCCAUCCGAAACGCCGUCAAAGCUGAGCAAGGCUCAUGGAAGUACCGCUCAUGACGGAAAAGAGCAAAAUGGUGAUAAUGGUCAGAAGAAGGCAGCGAAGCCCCGUGCACCUCGCAAGCCACGCGCAAAACCAAAGGCUCAAGCUGAGUCUGGUGCUUUGAAAUUGAGCGGUAAAGUGAUCAAGGCAGGCAAGCCGGAGGACCCUGGGUUGAAGCCAGUGAAAAAGAGGGCUGGGCGGAAGCAGACUGCUGUUCAGUCCACCUCAGAGGAUUGCAUGGAAAAAACUGGUUUACCAACGCCCUCGAAUGCGCUUGGCAAAGAUGAAGACCUGAAUCUAGAUGAGGCAACGAGGAGGCGAAGGGACUGGACGCCACCGGCAGAGACAAUGUCACAUCCGAUCAGCACUGGGUGCGCUCAAUGGACAGUGGCUGAAGUUUCGGACACGAGCAACAAGGCCGGUUUUGGGGACAUUCUCACAGACUACACGUACUCCAGGUCCGGCUCAGCUACUGCAGAGCUCAGAGCGACAAGUGAGGGUGUGCCCACGAAGCGGAGGAAAAUUGACCUUCUUGAGCCCCAAGGGCCAAGCCGGGCGUUGCGCAGGAAAGAAAACUUGGACCAAGAUGACAGUUCAUCAACAACAUCUUCUGGGCGCCUAUCAGCGCGCAAAAUAAAACCUCAAAAACGAUUUACAACCUUGACAGCCAGAAUGACGGCUCAGUAUGGGACUGAGAACACCGAAGAUGAGCCGGGAGAUAAAGAUCUCACUCAAUACAUCGUCAAGUGCGACUCCAAGCGCAAUUCAAAGACGAAAGCCAAAGCCCAGCAAUCGAGCGUUGUUCUAUCGCCAGAGGCAGCAUUCCAGACGCUGGAUCAACAAGACGUUAUUUUUGCCAGCUCGAGCGAGACGAUUCGCCUGAAACACUUCGAGAAAUGCAAAGGGGCCUUCCGCAUGUCUGAGGACCUGGCCUUUCAGAGACGAGCUGGUAUAGGCGACUUGGCUACUUCGGAGCCAUCUAUGGCAAGUGAAGAUGCGCCUGACCUUAUGUCGCGGUCCCAGAGUAAAAAAAGGCUGUGGAGUGUUGCUGGUAGAGACAUGCAAGGCUCUUUGGUCCAAGCAGAACUUGUCGAAAGCCUCGAUCUCACAGACUUAUCGCUUGACAACAAUACAGCAAUUCCGCCACAAUGCGACUCAACCGUGAGAGCGCUGUCAAACGCACCGUCAGACGAUGAUUGGCUCGACCUUGACAAUGGCAAGGCUGGACUUUCGCUCGCCACGAAAGUUACCAACAUUAUUCAAACAACGACGGCCCUCAAAUCUAAAAUGACGCUUGCAAAUACGUCGAAGCAGGCUGCACAAGAGACGCAGCCUGUACUGCGAGAAAUUGAGCAGCCACGCUCAGUGUCACAACUCGCGCCAAUGCCGCAAUAUAGCGGCUUCACCGACGCCGAGCUUUCAAAGCAGGUGGCAGCAUAUGGAUUCAAGUCUGUGAAAGGUCGCAAGAAGAUGAUUGACUUGCUGCAAAAGUGCUGGGAGUCCAAAUUUGGUAAGGCAGACCUGUCUGCCUCUGUUCCGGGUGAAACAGAGUCGGCUACAAAUAGUAUUUUUCAUACUGUACAGAAGACAGUAGUGCCGCCAAAAACUGCGUCCAAGUCGAACGGAAUAGCGAAUGCCAAAAAGAACACGUCCACUCUGGCAAACCCCCCGCAGAAGACCAAGAUAGUCACUCCAAAGAAGAGCAAGCAAUUACCGCCAAAUGAUGCCCAGCAACCUCCAACCUCAAGCUACAUUGAUAUCGAGGAGAUUCAGGAUUCGGAGGAUGAGCCACUACUAUCGCCAGUCCAGGUUCAAGCACAUUAUACCAAGAACUCGUCCGCGUCGACUCAACUGGCCACAAGCCCUUCGCGGAAUUCGAAGGCUAGUAAUCGAGCUCGAAGUCCACAAGCACGCAAGUUAGCAAGCUCAAAGGUUUUGCCGGUCACGGAAAGGAUCAAGCGUGAUACUGCCAUUAGGACCAGCGAACCUAUCUCAGACCAAGAUUUGAAACCCUUGUUAACGCAGAUCACAUCCGCUGUUCGUGCGCAGUCCCGCCUACCUCAAGCCAACAGUCGAGCUCGACCAACAUGGCACGAGAAGAUACUGAUGUUUGACCCUAUAAUGUUGGAGGACUUUACCGCGUGGCUCAAUGUCGAAGGACUGGGUCUGGUUGACGAAGACAGGGAAGUGAAUACAGCCCUCGUCAGGGACUGGUGUGAAAGCAAGGGAAUCUGUUGCGGAUGGAAGAAGAAUACAAGUGGGUAA